AUGGGGAAUAAUGCUAAGAGUCGCUAAAAUGCAUCAUAAAAUGAUACCCCUUACAAUUACUUUGAAAAUAGACCUCUUGCAAAUAGAAGGGAGUUAUCUGAGAAAUACACCGCCUAAUCCGAAGUAGUUGUAGUUUGUGAGCCACUUAAAUAAAAGAAUCAAACUAGUGAUGUUGUUGGUCCUAAGAACUAAAUGUAAUGUUGUUUUUAAUAGAUCAUUAGGUUUUUAUUUAUUUUAAACAAAAAGGUACAAGUCAUAAGUCUUUUCUCAUAUAUAUCAUAACAUCUAAGUUUGAGAUAUAAUCGGACAGUAAUGUUAUUUUGCAAUUCUUAGUUUUUAUCAUUUGGUAAAAAUUAUUAAUAUUGAUUUUAGAAGACACGAUUGGCAUUAUCUAUGAGAAAAACAAGAAUCAAGAGGAUGGAUUUUUAUAUGUUUAAUACAAUUCAUUAGAAAUAUGCUGA